CACCGACCCCCGACGCCCUCCUCGCCUCGCCUGCGGAAGACGAGGCUGGCCGGCCGCCUGCCCGCUCUCCUCGUCGUGCGGCUUUGCUCGCUUGCUCAGGCCUCGUCUCACCUGCGUCGGCAGAGGGCUCUUGACUUCCUGAGGAAAGGGAAUCGCAGCCGCAAGACACGAACGCAGACAUUUAGUUUGAAGUACAUGGUGAGUUCAGGUGACAUGUAGGGGAACACACGAGUCGUAAGCGCCACUCCCUGCGAGAGGAUAGAUCUAGGCCGGGCGUCGCAGCAGGCGCACGCCCGCGUCCCCGGAGUGAGUGUCGCAGCGAAGCCGUUGCUCCAGCAUGGAGGCCGGCCUGCGGCGCUGGGUCGAGAGCAACAGCGUGGCCGUGAGGAGCGAGGGCCACUUCACGGUCCGCGAACUGAGGACGACGACCGUGCUGGACGACCCGACGACCAAGGUGCGGAUCCUGGCCGUGGGUCACGAGAACGGCGGCGAGCUAAAGAAGCUGCUCCUGCUGGGAGAGACCGGGAACGGCAAGACGCACCUGUGCAACGCCUUGGUCAACAGGCUGUUCGGCGUCGGGCUGGGCGACGACGUGCGUCUCCAGCUGCGGGACCAGAUGGACGACCCCGGCAAGAGCUCGACGCAGAGCCAGACGGAGUACACGACGGCGUACGUGAUCUACCGCCAGAACGGGAUGCCCUGUGGCCACAACUACAUGGUGAUCGACACGGCGGGCGUGGGUGACACGGGCGGCCGCCUGCAGGACGAGAGCAACGAGCGACAUUUCCGGCGGUGCUUGGCCGACCACGCCUGGAUCACGGAGCUGAGCAGCGUCGGGCUCGUGUGGAAGGCCAGUGACCACAGGUACGACCAGAGGAAGAGGGACGUUCUGGCCAAACUAAAGGGCCUUUUAGGCUACGACGCGAAGCCAAUAACGGAUAUUUUAGUCACGUUCUCCACCAACGGGUCUCGCGAUGCCUUCGACGUGAUGAGAGAGGCAGGCGUUGGCUACCGCGGAGAGUUCCUGUUCGACAAUGGGCCUCUGUACAAAGCUUGGCCCCAGGACAAGAUGCGGAGGAGGAAGCUGGAGAUCGAGUGGGAGAUGAUGGAAGAGAGCCUCGACGCUUUCCUCGAAGCUCUGAGUCGGAGGGAGGCUGUUGAGCUGAAUGUAACAGCGAGGCUGAUCCGGUCGCAGUUCGAACUUGAAGACACCAAGGCGGAGCUGCAGGCCCUUUGCCAGCAGGAGGACGAGUUUCGGCAGACGAUUGAGAAGCACGAGGGGAGGCUGUGCAGACUCGAGGGCAAGGAGUCAGAGGUGGACUGGGACGAAGUGCGGGCGCUGGACGGCAGCAGGGAGGAACUGGUCAUUGAGAACGGAAAACACUGCCACUACUGCCCCGAAUGCGACAAUGUGUGCGUGCCUUUGUGCUCGAAUGACCCUGAAGAAGAGCGAAUCUCUGGGGUUUUUCAAGACGUGCUAACUAUUGGGACAUUUGGUCUGACGCGUUUGUUGGGUUUAGGUGAACUCCUUUCUUGCUCAGAAUGUAAUCAUCUUAAUAGUAUCCACCAAUUCAAACGCAGAAUCCUCGUCAAAGAUGCCACCAGGGAACAGAAGGUAGAGCUGGCCAAGAAAGCUCAGUAUAAAAGAGUUAUGCAACAGAAAGCUGACAUUCGAGCCGAUAUAGAGGCAUACAAAGCUAAAUUGAAAGAAGUCGAGACACGACACGCAAGAUCUAGGAGGAAGUGCAGCGAGAUUGAAUACCAGAUCAAUCAUAUGAAAUCUGGAAACUGAAACUUGAAAACAAACUAGGAAGAUAAUUAGUAUAUAGUAAUUAUUAUAUUUAGUAGCUAUUAAGAACAUGAUACUUUAUACAAGAAUUCCAGUUCUUUGACUUUGCUGCACAAACCAACUAAUGGAUUAUAACGUCACAUAACAUAUUCUUUCCUUCAAGCACAUGAUUCGUAAUUACCGAUGCUAUUAGGUUAAUGUUCGUUAAUAUUAUUAGACGUCAGCAAAAAUGUUUAGUUCAGAAUUAAGGUUAGCAUUGUUUUCCUUCCAAGGUUAUAUCCCUGUUGCCCAAAAUUUUUUUUUUUUUCUCAGAUAUGUAUGACCAAUGAUUUUCAGUUAAAAUAAAAUACACCAAAAAUUC